GGAUCUUUGGCCCAGCCCUGCCUGGAGCUGCUGGAAGGAAGACUGGCAGAGAGGGGCCGUUGGGGGCGCACGGAGCCCGCACGAGUCGAGGAGCGGGCGGCAGGGUGGGGAAAGGCCGAGGAGUCUGCGGCCCCAGGGAGGCUGGGGGUUGAAGUUUCGGCAGAGGGUCACCAGAGACCUCUCGAUUGCCCAUUCAAGCCUGCCCACUUUCUUUGGUGGUCCGACCCAUCAUCUUUACUGCCCCGGGGGAAAGCCUUGUGAUGAUGGCAUCUUGGGAAGGACCAAAAGGAAAAUGACAUUUCUCGAAAGACCUCUUGCACUGCCUCUUUAAAAUGACUCAUUUCGGGGCGGAGGAGACGGUCCGACGAAAUACCCAACUACACCGAGGAAGGAAGUAGUUUUGCCCCUAUAAAACAUGGCGAAAGCAUUCUCGUCUCCAAGGGAACAUCACGCAAUGAGCUCAAGCGAUGGGAUUAUUCUGCGCACGCGCUUAAGCGCACGCCACCGGAAAUGAUGGCGUCUCUACCACAGAGGGUGAUUUAGUACGCGUGCGCAUUAGGCUUUUCGGGCAGCUGUUGUGUGGAAAUGGUGGAGAAGAAAACUUCGGUUCGCUCCCAGGACCCUGGACAGCGGCGGGUGCUGGACCGGGCAGCCCGGCAGCGUCGCAUCAACAGGCAGCUUGAGGCCUUGGAGAAUGACAACUUCCAGGACGAUCCCCAUGCAGGACUCCCACAGCUUGGCAAAAGGCUGCCUCAGUUUGAUGAUGAUGCAGACACUGGCAAGAAAAAGAAGAAAACCCGUGGUGAUCAUUUUAAACUUCGCUUUCGAAAAAAUUUUCAGGCCUUGCUGGAGGAGCAGAACCUGAGUGUGGCCGAGGGACCCAACUACCUGACAGCCUGUGCGGGACCCCCGUCCCGGCCCCAGCGCCCUUUCUGUGCUGUCUGUGGCUUCCCCUCCCCCUAUACCUGCGUCAGCUGUGGUGCCCGGUACUGCACUGUUCGCUGUCUUGGCACGCACCAGGAGACCAGGUGCCUGAAGUGGACUGUGUGAGCCUGGGCAUCCCCGGAGAGGAAGGCCCUCCGUGCAUCACUCCAGCCUCAGAGAGGUCAUCACCAAAACACGAGGCACUCCUCUGGACAGACAGGGCCAUUCGCUUGCCCAACAAAGCUGUGUCUUACCUACCAAGGAAGACCGGUCUCAGCUCCAGGGACUGUGUGGCGGGGAAGUGGGCCAGGCCUGCAGAGUGCUGUUGUAAUAAAAGAUCUCAUGCGAGGA